AUGAAAUUUAAAGUUGAUUGUUUCCUCAGUUUCCGUCAUCAUUGGAAUCUCGCUAGAAGAAGUUUGGCUUUGAUCGCUUUACCAGAAGAUCAAAAUGAAGAAUUCUUGCAAACAAUUGAAGAUCAGCCAUGUUCAGAUUCCAUCCCAGUUUUACUAAAGAAUGACAAUCAGACGAUUCCCAAAUGUGUUUAUUUGCGUAAAAGAUUGAAACACAAAGACGAUUUAUCAUUGAAAUUAGCAAGAACUUUGGAAGCAAAGAAUGGAAGGAGCGAUUUAAAUUACAGGAAAUUUUACGAUUCAUUCUGCGAUUCAUUUCUUCAAAUUGCAAUUUAUUAUGAAAUUGAUGGAAUAGUUGAACGCUUGGUAAAUCAUCCAACAGUUGACAUUAUGACGUCGAAUCUUAUGUCGAACCACACAACGUUGCAUUACGCACUUUAUGUUGGAAAUAUGAAAAUUUUAAAUCUUUUAUUGUCAAAAUUUAACUUUGGAAAUUAUUGGGAAGAUCCAGAAAAUUUUUAUUAUGCUAUGACAUCAAAGAAGGAAAGAUCAAGUGGAAAGACAUUACAAGAUAUCUCAGAAAGUUCUUUUCAUUUCGGUUAUUAUUAUUAUGAUAAAAACAUGCCGCAUGAUGAGCUUAAAUCAACUGAAAGUUUAAUUCAUAACAUAGCAAGAAGUCGAAAUGUGUUCAUUUUGGACAAUCCUUUGCAAUUUAAGUUGAAAGAUGAAGAUUAUCUUAAGCAAAACAGCAAUGGUGAUACAGUUUUGCAUUUAAUUUUAUUAAACCAAAACUUAAAACUUCAAGCUAAGAAGAAAUAUUUGAGAAAAUUAUCAGAAGACUUCCCUGAGCGUUUACUUGUUAAAAAUAAUUUCCAACAUCUGCCUUUACAUGUUGCAGCAAUUACUGAUACUUACGGACAACGUUUGUUUCGCCAUCUUCUUGAUUUGACGAUUGAGGCGAGUGGAAAUCCUGAAAUUUUCUAUGAAGAUAUGGAAGUUGCUGUGAAAUGUUUAGAGAUGGCAAUUAUGAAUAAUCAAGGAUUGUCUGAGGAGUAUUUGAGGAACUUCUUAAAGGUCGUUGAGUCACAUGGCCAUCGAUUGCUAAUCGAAAUGAUUAAACAUAGUCAACAACUUAAAGGAAUUCGAUCAAUUCUUUUGUUGGGGGUUUCAAUAAAUCCGAACCAGUUUUAUGGCGGACAAAACGCAUUCUUAGCAGCUGUUCGAUAUGACGUCUCUCAUUUUUAUCAAUCACACAAUGAAAGUUACAGCAAAUUGAAAUUAUUAUUGAACCAUCAUCCGAUUGAAGAUCCCAACGCUUGUGACGAGACUAAAACUUCUUUAUUUAUGUACAUUGUUGGCUUCACUCGUGACAAUGAACUUGUGAAGUCUUUAAUUAAUUUGGGAGCUGAUUGUAAAGCCAGAAAUUCUGAAAAUCUUUCAUGUCUUCACUUCGCUGCAAGAAACAAGAAAAAUGAAGAAAUUUUGAAUAUUCUUCUUCAAAAUGGAGCUGAUCCAUCAAUAUUGUCUGACAAGAAUGAAUUAGCCAUUGAUUUUGCUAUCAAAGCUGAUAUUCUUCACGCUGUCAAAAGUUUGAUUUCAUUUUUAACAGUCGAUGAUUUGAAAAGAAAAAGUUUGAUUCAAUCUUGCACUCAUUCAGAUUUGCCUGAAGUUUAUAAUUUAAUUUGGAAUUUGUACGAUUUUCAUCAUAUCGAUGUUGAUAUUAAUGCGAUUAAUGAAAAUGGCGACAGCUUCGUGAUGUCUUUAAUGGACAAAUUUAACUUCAAACAGCUUGAAACUGUUUUAAAGGAAAGAUUUGAUGAUAUCAACUUCGAUUUAAUUAAUUCUAAUGGAGAAACAUUCACUCAUCACUUAGUUCUUCAUUCUUCUCAAAUCCACGAGAUUUCUCAGCUUUUUAAGGACUUUCCACUUCUAAUUGAUAUUGUUAACAAGCAAAUCAACAUUGCUGACAAAGAAAAUCAUUUACCAAUGGACAGAUAUUUUUUCUGUUUUCAAACUGAGUGUGUUGAUGAGCUUUGUCGAAAUGAAUUCCUUAAAUAUUUAACAAAAGAAAAUUUUCAACAAAACAUGCACAAAUUUAUUGACGGCGUUCUGUCACUUCAAAAAAUGAUUGAAUUAUAUCCACACAUCUUUAAUGAAUUAAAUUCUAACCAAAGUUUCGUUAUUCUUGACAAAUUAAGCUGCAACACUAAAGCAUUUGAGAUUGCAAUUGAGAAGUUUUCAGAUAAACUUCCCGACAUUAAAGCACUUGGUGGAAAUAUUCUUCAUUUGAUUUGCGAGAAAAAUAAUUCUGAAUUCAUUGAUUUGAUUUGUAAAUCACUUUCUGAGAUUUCCAUAAAAAAGUUGAGUAAUGAAAGAAAUGUGAAUGGUAAGAAGCCAAUUGAACUUUUAAAUGAAGAAAAUUUAACAAUUUUUGAAAAGAUUUUUAAUUAA